AUGACACAACCAUUAGGAGAACACGUAACUCAUAUAUUGUUAGCGGAAUUUGAUAUCGAUAAAGGUUCUUCUCUAGCACAUCAAUAUCCCGAGCCCACUGGUACGGAUGAGCACUUAUUGGCAGAGUUAAUGUUACCAGAUGGUGCUCAUUUACGUACCGAAGAUUGGACUGUGUUCUUUUUAAAUCAAACCGUUCCAGAUCCUGAUAAAAUUUCAAUUGAUCUGAUACCUGAUCGUUCAUUAGAUAAUGAAACUCCAUUAUUGUAUGCAUUAAAUUUAGUUAGGACUAGGCAUGACAAAGAGGCUAGAAGAGGCGCUGUAGUGAAAGCUAUGGCAAUUUGUACUAGGCAUCAAUUUUUACAUAUUUAUAAGCCGGUUCUUUUAUUAGCGCUUGACAAUUAUUUUCAAGAUCCUUCAAUAGAAUGUCUUGCAUCACUCUAUCAAGCUGUUAAUUCAAUGGAUUGUAAGUUUAUGCCAAUAUUUAAUGCACAUGAAAAAGCUAUUUUACGUGCAUCUGAGAACAAAGAUAUGUUUGAAGAAAAAUUUACAGCAUAUGAAAACAGUAGAAAGCAUAUGCAAGAAGGUUCUGCAAUCUCGUUGAGUGAACAAUUAUCUGAUGAUAGUUCAGGUAAAGGAUUAGGAAUUAUUAAUGAAAAUAGUGAAGGUUAUGGGAGUGAUUAUGUUAUUGUUAGUGAAGAAGAGAGAGAAAAAUUGAAGCGAGGAACCUACAUUGAUUUGGCUCCAAAUUUAAGUAAAAAUAAGGAUAGACAUUUCUUUGAGACAAAAAUUGUAUAUAAUGGAAUUAAGCUGCCUAUAAGAGUACCGUUAACUGUUAAUCCUGAAGAAGUCGGUGAUAAACGAAUUAUUUUCUUGGGACAAGGACAUCCGUCGGGUGAUGUUGCUAAUUAUGUGUUAUCCGCAUGUGCUAUGGGAAGUGGAAGUGGUGGUGUUUUAGGAGGAUUUACGGAACGAUUUAUAGCCGGAGUAACAAAUAGAAUUUUUGAGGAUCAUAGUACAUGGUGGGAUGUUUUAUGUAAUAUUGAUACUGGAAAAAUUAUUGUUAGUAAGGAUAUUGCGACACCUUCAUAUGGAACUAAACCAGAUGAAAAACCUGAAGAAGCGAUACGUGGUAAAUUUCAAGAAUAUGUUCAACGUUUCGUGCGGCUUACAGCAUUAUAUGAAGUUGAGACUUUUGGUUCAACUAAAAUCGGAAUGAUGCCAGAGGAUACGUAUUAUCCAGGGAUUCUUGGUACAGGUCUAGCAUUUCAAGAUGAUAAUUCAAAGCAUAGAGAACUUGCUGCUAACAUUAAUAGGAUAGAAGGAUGGAGACAGACCAUUAGUUACAAAUAUUAUCAGUUGGAUUUCCAAAAUUAUUUGAAAACACGUAACAUAAAAUCUUUUGAUGUACAUCAUCAAGUAUCAAAAUUAAAAAUGCUAAAAAAUAUGCCCGAGCAAGAAGUUGAAACUUUAUAUAAAGCUUUUGUUAAUAGUGUUUCUACAGAUGAACAAAUUAUUGAGUUUUUGUCAUAUCUUCCACAAAAUCAAGGGGGCUUAUUUCCGAUUGGAUUAGGUCUAUUUUAUCCACUUAAGACUGUAAGAGAUAAUACAAUUGAAUUGUUUAAUCGACUUAAUAGUCAUGCAACUGGAAGUAAAUUUAUACAGAGUUUAAAUAGUUUUCAAAAACUUGCAUACGAAAGGCAACUUAAUCAAAAGCGAGAGAGACAGCAACAAUUAGAAUUCGCUAAUAAGCUUGCUUUAAUAUUAAUGAAACUGAAUGGUCUCAAUAUUCCAGUAACGGAUGAAAAUAAGAAAGAAUAUAUAGAGUAUAUGGAUCGUAUUUCUAAACAUGUUGAGAAUCAAUUUAAAGUAUUUAUGGAAGGAUUUAAUCGACUUACACCACAAGUAUUUGACGAGCCAACAAAGACUGUCCUUACUGGUUUUCCUGUAUUUGGAUCUAACCACUUGACUAAAUGA